GGAACCGUGGUUGGAACGGAAAGCUGAGCAGCUGAACGCUUUAUCGAAGGCCUGCGUGUAGACCGUAAUGCUUGAAUGAACGCAGAAUGAAAAUGCUUCCUGGAGUGGGCGUGUUUGGAACUGGCAGCACCGCCCGGGUACUGGUACCCCUGCUGAGAGCAGAAGGCUUCUCCAUCGAAGCGCUUUGGGGGAAGACUGAAGAGGAAGCCAGACAGCUGGCAGAGGAAAUGAACAUCCCCUUCUACACGAGUCGGACGGACGAUGUCUUGCUUCACCAGGACGUAGAUUUGGUUUGCAUCAAUAUCCCUCCACCGCUAACUCGGCAAAUUGCUGUGAAGGCUCUAGGAAUAGGGAAGAACGUGAUCUGUGAGAAAGCCGCUACCUCUGUGGAUGCCUUCAGGAUGGUCACAGCCGCCAGGUAUUACCCCAAGCUGAUGAGCAUCGUUGGCAAUGUUCUCCGUUUCCUGCCCGCCUUUGUGAAGAUGAAGCAGUUGAUAGAAGAACACUACGUGGGCAGCGUGAUGAUCUGUGACGUACGAGUUUAUGGGGGCAGCCUGCUGAGCCACAAGUACAACUGGAUCUGCGAUGAGCUGAUGGGAGGAGGUGGCCUGCAUACAAUGGGAACCUACAUCAUCGACCUCCUCACUCACCUCAUCAGCAGGAGGGCAGAGAAGGUCCAUGGUUUGCUCAAGACUUUUGUGAAGCAGAACAUGGCUAUAAGCGGGAUCCGCCACGUCACCAGCGAUGACUUCUGCUUUUUCCAGAUGUUGAUGAGCGAGGGUGUCUGUUGCACUGUGACUCUCAACUUCAACAUGCCUGGAUCGUUCAUCCAUGAAGUCAUGGUUGUUGGCUCUGCUGGUCGCCUCAUAGCUCGCGGGACGGACUUGUACGGGCAGAAAAACACCGCGCUCCAAGAAGAACUGCUGCUUACAGACUCUCUGACUGUCAACAAGGGCCUUUUAGACAAGGGGUUUAAAGACAUCCCGCUGCUUUACCUAAAAGGAAUGGUGUACAUGGUGCAAGCGCUGCGGCAGUCUUUCCAAGACCAGGAAGACCGUCGGACGUGGGACCAUAAACCUGUCUCCAUGGCAGCCUCUUUCGAAGACGGUCUGUACAUGCAGAGCGUAGUAGAGGCCAUCAAGAAGUCCAGCAGGUCGGGGGAGUGGGAGGCUGUGGAGGUGAUGACUGAGGAACCAGAUGCCAAUCAAAACCUC